AUGCCCCAAUGCAAGGGAUGCCUUGAGCUUCAGGCAAAUCCGCCUAAACCGCAGACUUUCAAGUCGCAGAAGCUCGGUGUCACAACGAAACUGUUGACAGUCAGGAACCUCGGCGAAGUCGGCGUCAAGACCACCACCAUUGCAUUCGAGCCCACACUGAACGAGCCGGAAAAUGCAACUGGUCAGAAAGGUUACGGAGCCUUGACCGGCCCGCGAGCAUUGUGGGCGAUAUUGGAUCGAGAACAGUGGGAUAAGCUCGGCUUCGUUCUUUUCUGCACUUUCCAUCGGGACGAGAUGCUAUGGCAACAAUUCCAUGAGCAAUAUGAGUCGGCUCUACGCGAGGGUAUCAACUCCGCCGGUCCGGGGCUUGCGGCGGAUGACAUACUGUCCAAGAUCUAA